AACCUUGUCCCUAUUCUUGUCGACAUUCUAGACCUCCGCAUACGUUGGGACACCGGCGUCAGCGACGUACCAAGCACUCGGCGAACUACUGCCACUAGUGAAGUGGAUAGCAACGACCAGCAAAAUGAGCGGACCGACAGCUAAGAGCAAGAGAGGGCCGACGGUGCUCAUGACGGAUGCUCGUGACAGCGCCUCCAGAGCACCCCGACCACCACAACGACCAGGCGCCGUGCAGAGGCAGGGCACCAGCGCGCGACUCAUCUCGGUCGACAACAUUCUGCAGUACGCUUCCGACAUUCCCAGCCAGCAGCGACGCGGCCCGCCUGGCAAUCGACCCGUCAUGCAUACGCGCACCCCUAGCGGGCGACACCCGCUCGAUCCCAGACUGUCUGGUCGCCUGAUACCCCAGCAUAUGCCGACGCGAUCGAGUAAGCUCAGCGAAAAGCUUGUCCUCCUGCCCGAGACGGAACGCCGGGACGAAGAUGAGAAGAUUGAAUUCAACGACGACGAGUGCGAAGGCCCGCCUACAGACGAGGAUCUCGCGAGGCGGACGGCAAAGGGCGGUCCCAACGACAAGAGUUAUGCGGAGCGGCUGCCCAAGGCCAGGAGGACGGACAAGCUCUCACGCGUCACGGCCUAUUGCACCGCGCAGGCAUACAAGAUGAAGGGCACCGCACAGUUUGUCAAGGACCAACACCAUGCGCGCACAAAGCUGUACGAUGACUGUCUGUAUACGGUGUAUCACCUUCCCCUGCUGCCAGGAAGCGAUGGCUACCGAGUCCGCAGUAGUCCGGCGCUGAAGAGCCCUGGUGGAAAAACAGUCCUUGACGAGGAAAUCGAGCGCAACGAGCAGCGCGACCACCAUGAAGGGUACUUUGGGGAUGAGGAGACUUACUUUGUGCGCGACGAACACGAGUUGGACCGGCCCUAUGAUGGCAUACACGACCGCCGAGAUUCGGCUGAGAACUCGAGGGUUGCGCCCAAUGCGCUGACAUUUGGCGAGAUGUUCGUCUUCUCGUACGGCGUGGUGGUCUUUUGGAACUUUACCGAGAGGCAGGAGAAGGACAUCCUUGCCGACCUUACUUUUUCUUCCACCGCGACUGGUGUGUCGCUGGCAACGCGCCCCUUGUUGGAGUCCGACUUUGAGACGGAAGAGUUUCAUUUCGAGUACAACCCGGAAAUCCCACGACCGCGUGUGUACAACGAUAUGAUCACCUUGAAGAGUGGAGACCACAUGAUUAAGCUGGCUAUGAGCCAUGCAAUCGCACAAAGCACGAAACUAAGUUUGUUCGAGGAGGGCAUGAACAGAACCAUGCUCGCUGCACAAUACGUACCGAAACGUCUGGCCUUGACGGGCAAGCUGGGCAUGAGGAGGACAGACGUUGUCAAGAUGAUUGGACAACUGUUUACUAGCCGCGUUGAGGUGAAUCUUUCCUCCAAUAUGCUUGAUACACCCAGUUUCUUUUGGGAUGCCGAGCCCACUCUCCACCCACUCUACACGGCCGUGCGCGAGUAUCUCGAGAUCAAGCCACGCAUCCAAGUCCUCAAUGAGCGCUGUCAAGUCUUCCUGGAUCUCGGCGAAAUCUUGUCAGACUCGAUCAACGACAAGAAGAUGACCAAGAUUACCUGGAUUGUCAUUGUGCUCAUUGUCCUGAGUAUCUGCAUAACAUGUCUGGAGGUGCUACUUCGAUUUGCAAUACUACAAAAAGGCAAGGCCAACGUUCCUGCGGCAGGCGGAGCAGGGAUCAUGACGGCGGGUGCUGCAUUCAAGGGAAUGAGUCCACCGGCUUAUGCUGGACCCGGCUUACUGGCGGCCAGGGGUUUGGUCUGGAUUGGGAGUGGAGUCAAGGGUUUGCUUAUUGGUUAGUGGUUUACACACGACGAAAUUACGUCAGGCAGACUGCCAUUAGCAUUACAGAAAGAUUACGCGGUUGUUGUUUAGAUAUUCUAUCCAGUGGCUCCACACCAUGGUUUGAUAAGGACAUAGCGAAGGCGUUAAUCAUGUUACUAUUGUUUCUCGC